AUGAAAUUAUGGGUAUAGGGAGGUAAGAAUACCUAAUUCUUUAAUGUCAAAGCAUAUCAUUCUGAUACAGCUAAUCGUAUCUUUUGGUAGAAACAUAGAAGAGAAAUCUUCUGGGAUUAAGAUGGUUCAAUUUCAGGAGUGUCAGGAGGUGCCUAUAUUAUCCCAUAUAAGAAGCAUAUUGAUGGAAUUCCAGGAUGUGUUAACCAUCCAGAAGAUUUUUGGGAUAAUUCUAUCAUUUGUGCUAUGAAUUAAGUCACAAUAAGAGAUGUUUUGGUUAAUAAUCCUACCCCAGAUUAAGAUUUCUCAGGAGUUGAUAUGAAAUUAUAUAGAUUGGACAGUACUAAUAUUGCACUCAAAAUGGAUGCUAAUAUUGACGAGAGCAAAUACAUAGAAGGAGAAACAAUGAAAAUUAUAAAGAAGAGUAAAGACGUUAAAUUCUCUUUUGCAAGUGUAUUUGCAACUGGUUUCACUUAUAAUGUCCAUUUCAAAUUUGGAGCAAGUGAUCCAUUAAGCAUGGGUAUCUUUGGAUCUCCAUACUUCAAUUAAAAUGAUGAUGCUGUUAUUCUUAGAUUUAACUACUCUGCCAAUAGGGAAACAUUUGAUAUCAUGAGAAACAUUGGAGGAUAAUUCCCAGUAAAUUACACAAAAUUGGAAUAGAUUCCAAAUACUAAGACUUGUAAUUAAGGUGAUUGGUUUAAUGAUAGAACAAACAAAUUGUUCUUCCUUUGUUUGUCUGGUAAGAAUAAGAAGUAAUAUGAAUAUGUUGAAGUCAGAGGAGUUAUUUGCAGAGAAGAAUGCGAUAGUUUAGGAGAUGUACCAUAAGAAGAUGGAUAUAGAUAUUGGAGUGAUCCUGCUACUUGGAUAGAUAAUAAAGUACCAGUUGAAGGAGAUAGUCCCAUUGUAUAAGGAGCAUAUCAAGUUAUCUUGGAUGUAGAUCCUCCUAAACUUGUUAAUUUAACUAUUUUGGGAUCUUUAAUUUUUGAUGAGAGAAGAGCAUCAACUAAAUUGGAAGCAGAGAGAAUCUGGGUUAGAUCAGGAAAAUUAUUGGCUGGUAAUUCAACUAAUCCAUUCCCUGGAAAGAUUAACAUUGUAUUGAAUGGAGAAUUUGGAGAUAAUCCAUUAGUAAUUGAUGCUAAUCUAGAUGUUGGUAAUAAAGUACUUGCUGUCACAAGAGCUAUGGAAUUAUACUCAAAGCCACCUGGAACAGUAUGGACUAGAUUAGCUGCAUAUGCUGAUGCUGGUGCAACCACUAUUACUGUAGCUGAAUGUGCUGAUUGGGCUGUUGGUGAUGAAAUAGUAUUUGGUCCAUCAGGUAGUGACCCUGAAUAAAGAGAAAAGAGAUCAAUAGCAGCCAUUUCUGGAUGUGUUAUAACAUUAAAUCAAGCCCUUGAAUUUGAUCACUAUGGAGCUCCAUCAGUAACUAUUGAUAAACCUGGAAUUGGACAAUUAGAUAUGAGAGCAGUUGUUGGACAUUUAACUAGAAAGAUUAAGAUUGAAGGAGGACCUAGUGUUCAUGGUUUAGGAUGUAGAGUCUUGAUUUAUCAAUUCGAAGAACCUGAAGCUAAUUUAGGAUUCCCAAGAAGAGGAUACACUGUUUUACAUGGUGUAGAAUUUAACAAUUGUGGUCAAUAUGAUACAUAAAGAAGUGGGUUAGAUUUUAGAAAUCUUAAUAGUGAGAUCAUUAAGACUCCAAGUGAAGUUAUUGGUUGCUCAUUCCAUGAUACUACAGGUAUGUUGAUGACAAUCUAAAAUUCUUAAUACAUUACAAUCAAGAAUAACAUAUUCUUUACUGGUAUCAAGGCUUUGGUUUAGAUUAAUAACAGUUAAUAUGUGAAAUUCUAAAAUAAUGCAUUGAUCUAUGUUAAAAAGAGAAUAUUAAACGAAGGUGGCCUUGCUAAUUGGGCAGUAUUUGGUAACUUUGUUUACAUGGAUGAAUUAUCACCAACUUAAAUGACAAGAGAUAUUGUUGAUGUAUCUGGAAAUGUCGGAUAAGGAUCAUAAGAUACAGGUUUCUUCGUGAUGGCAAGUAAAUGUUCAGAUGCAUAUUAAUCAUCCUUCUAUAAUAAUCAUUGUUCAGGAACAAUACUAGCUUGCUUUGGUGUCAGAUAAGACCCAGAAGGAAAGUGCACAUACAUAUAAGGAUUAUACGCUCAUCACAGUGAAGUUGGUAUUAUGUAUGCAGUUGUCAGUGAAUAGAUUUAACUUGAGAAAUCAAUUGUGGUGGAGAAUGACAGAGGAAUAGCUUUGAAGCCUGCUCCUAACAGCAUAUAAGAGAAUAAGAUGAAGCUAAAUAAUAUAUUCAUUUCAGCCUUGGCUAGACCCGAUUGUGUCAAAUGCUAUUCAGCUUCUCUUAAUCCUAACUGCUAGGGAAGUAUGGGUAUUCAAAUGGGUUCUCUAUCUUCAUCAGCUUUCCCUCCUAUUUCAGGUAAACCAUCUUCAGCAUUUGAUACAAUUUGUACAGUCUAAAGAGUUGAUCUCAAGGUUUACUUAACAAAUGUUGAAUUCCAUAACUUUAGAUUAACCUAUGAUAACAUCCCAAGAUGCUAGAAUAAUGCUGCAUUCAGAUAACACCAUGCUGCACAUGAUAUGACAGGACAACAUUACUUAGUAAACUCUCCAUGCACUAAUUGUGAAUUUAAUGCUCUAUUGUACAAAUCUAGAAAUCCAGAUGCAGGUAAAUUAGGAUGGUUUGGAGGGUGUGGAUCAUUUUUAUGCACAGGAUAAAUCAACUUUUUGAUAGAAGAUUAAACUGGCCACUUCUUUGGAUAAAUCGGACAAGGUAUUGGUAAUAACACAUACUUUGGACCAAAUGUCACUUAUUGUUCAAGACAAGAAUCUUGGAAUGGAUAUUGGUGUCCAGGCAGAUAGGCUACUAUUUUGAUGUUUAUGAGUACUGCUGCAGACUAUAACAAGAGAUUGUAUUCACCAAUCAAAUUGACCGACGGAUUGUUCUUUAAUGAAAUUAACAGUUUUGCAGAGUGGAAUUGGGAUGGUCCUGAACCAUUAAACUUGAGGGAAUCCAAAUUUGUCAGUUUAGUGUCAGUGAAUACAGUGAUCAAUAUGACAAAUGCUGGUAUGAACCCAACCACUUCUGAGUAUUGGUUAUCAAAGAGAUCAGAGGCAGGUAGUCCAGAAGAUUGGGUCAUCUUGAAAUGGCAAUUCUCUGUUCCAUAAAUUAUCUAAGUCAUGGUCAAUAAUAAAGUUGUGUAACCUGGACUUACAACUAAUAAUAAGCAUCAUGAUCUCAUGACAAUGACUAAUCAAUGUGGAGCCAAUAAUUACUUCUUUGAAAAUAGAACUAUUCAUUUUGUGUUGACAGGCAAAUUGGAUUGCAAGAUUAGAAUAGCAUUGAAGAAUACUCUUUAAGUUUCAACAAGACUUGAAAUAACAACAUCAGAAUUCUUUGGAGAUAAGUUCCUAUAAUAUGCAAGAGCACAAUUGGGAGGAGAUCCUUACAACUAUUUCAUCAUUGGAACCAAGAAAUACAGAAGAAGAUUUUUAGACGAAUCCACAACUUCAUCGGUUGUUAUUGAUUGGGGUAUUGCAGAUUCUGCUGAUAUUGGUACUACUGAUGGCAAAUAAUCCUAAUCAAGACUUGCUGAAAUGGCUAGCAAAUUAGAAUCCUUGGGAGUUUCAGAAGAGUUGUAACAAUUAGGAGUUGUUGGUCUCAAACAUGAAUCCUCUAGUAUUUCUUCAAUUUCAGAACUUAAUUUCAAGAGCACUGAAUAAACAUCAGAAAUCAUUUUAGUUCCAGGAGGCAAUACAAACAAUAACAAUGGAUAAGGAAGCAAUAGUGGUAAUAACAAUAACAAUAACAAUAAUGGCAAUAAUAACAAUAACAAUAACAAUGGUAAUGGUAACUCCUCAAAUAAUGACGAUGAUAUUGUACUAGUUACUGACGAAGGAGUAAAUCAACAAGAUACCUCAAAUAAUGGAAAUAACAAUUCUACCAAUCCAGGAACUAUCUAGAAAUCUAUCAAGAGAUCUGAAAAUAGUUCUGCAACAGUCACCAUCGUUGUAGCUGUUGUUUGUUCUGUUGUCGGAGUUUCAUUGAUAAUUGCCGCCCUCCUUUAUUAUAAGAAACUUAAAUUGGCUAAGCUUAUGGCUGCUAGAAAUCAAAAAGUAGACAACGAGUUCUUUAAAGCAAACAUUACAGAUUAAUAACCCAUCGAGGCCCCACAAGAUUGAUUAAAUUUAGAGAAUAAAAUAUUAAUAUAAUUUCAUAAUUUUUA